UAUUUGUCACAUCAGACGUUCAUCUCACCAUGUGGAUACAGCCUCUCGCAUUUGUAAACAAAUAUUUCGUCUUUGAGAAGGAUUACAUAUUUAGAUCGAUAUUCGUCUGUUGCCCUUCUUGAUUAAGGGGCUUCCUAGGUUAUUUAGGCUAGACCAUUGGACGCGAUGCCGAAAGGGAAGAAGAAAUCCAAGGGAGGUGGCACCCUUCGGGGAUCCCGGCUUGAGGCCGGCCUGGCGCCCUCGAGCAGCGACGACGAGUCCAACGCUGAUACAGCCAGUGUGCUCAGCUGUGCAUCAGAAUCUCGAUGCGGCAGCGAAGGCACUGUUGGUGAGGCGGAUGUGGAGGAUGGUGUGCUUCAUGAUGAUUUUGAAGAUAAACUGAAAGAAGCGAUUGAAGGGACAUCUCAGAAAAGUGCCAAAGGACGCCUCUCCUGCCUGGAAGCCAUUCGCAAAGCUCUGUCCAACAGAUAUCUGUAUGACUUUCUCAUUGACCGGCCAACAACUAUUUGUGACUUCGUGGAGCGUGGCCUGCGCAAAGGUCGGGGCGAGGAGCAAGGCGUAUGUGCUACCCUGGCCGCACUGGCCUGUGUUCAUUAUGGAGCUGGCGAGGAGGCAGCUGGCCUCUUUCAGACGUUGCUUCAGCCGUUGACCACUUUGCUCCUGGACAAAGCACAGCCACCAUCAGUGCGAGCAAAGUGUGCAACAGCCCUUGGCCUGUGCUGCUUUGUGGCAGAGUCUGACAACUAUCCAGAGGUGCAGAAUUGCAUGGAGUCCCUGUGGCAGGCGCUGUCAGGGGCCAAACCAUCAACCGGCAACAGCCCUGCCACCGUGGUGCACAGUGCUGCCCUUCUGGCCUGGGGUCUGCUACUCACCGUGGCACCCCUGGACAGGCUGCUGGCACAGGCCAAGAGCAACAUGGCCCGACUUCAAGAACUGUUAGAGAGCUCGGAUCUGGACCUGCGCAUUGCGGCUGGCGAAGUGAUUGCGAUCAUCUAUGAAGUAGCCAGAGACUAUGAUGAUAAUUUUGAGGAACCAUCGGACGCACUCUGCAACCAGCUCCGGCAGCUUGCCACCGACAGCCAGAAGUUCAGAGCGAAGAAAGAGCGCCGUCAACAACGCUCCACUUUCCGCGACGUUUAUCGGGCUGUCCAUGAAGGGUCCUCGCCAGACAUCAGUGUGAAAUUCGGUCGCGAAGUUCUUGAGCUGGACACUUGGAGCCGCAAACUGCAGUACGAUGCCUUCUGCCAACUGCUGGGAUCGGGCAUGAACCUCCAUCUGGCUGCCAACGAGCUCCUGAGGGACAUUUUUGAAUUGGGUCCUGUAAUAGCGGCUGAUGACCACAUCAUUUCAAAAGUAACAAAAUUUGAGAGGCACAUGGUGAACCUGGCAAGCUGUCGUGCUCGGACAAAGACCCGCAACAGGCUGCGCGACAAGAGAGCAGACGUCUACGCCUGACAGCAGCUAUGGUUGUUCAGAGAGCAAUCUUCCUGGCAACAGCGUCACAAAAUUGUUUUUUUUGGGGGGGGGAUGCGGUGACCCACUUCCUCCUCACAAUUAGGGCGCAUCGGAGAUCAGUCCCGAAGGCCAUCAUCAGAGAGAGAGAUAGAUGGUCCCCCUUCUCAGCGCAAAACAGCUUGUCACCGGACUUCCACUGCAUUGGCUGUUGCUCCCCCUGCCCUUUCCCGCGUUCCUCUCGCCCGAUCCACCAUCAGCGCUCUUGUGCUUAUAUUCUUGCAUUCCUGAGAAACAUGGGCUUGGCGUCGUGAAGUGAGAGGGCCAGUGUAACGCUGCCGUGCACGCUGUUGAAAGAAAAGCUGUUGCGUGUAAGUGAGUCAAGGUCAAAUACUAAUUCUGGUCUAAAUAUCCAACUGUAACAUGUCAUGUUAGAAAGUUUUUCCAUGUAUUUAACUAUAUUACAACUGCUGACACAGUUUUGUUGCAAUGUGUACAUUGAGUUUGAGCCCCCAGUUUUCAUAAUUCAUUAGGCUAUGAAGAAACAACAGAACACACAUGCCGCAAACGCGAAGGUUGAGACAGGUUAUUGCAUGUGCCCUCAUGGCUUCUGGAGUGGUAGACACAUUAGGAGGUGCAGCAAGCUGGCGUUGAGGGUGGCCAGUGGAUCUGUGAUACUUGUUUGGAGACAUAGGAGUUCUAACUCGACAGAGCACUGCCACGAAUACCUAGGUGCACAUCAGAUGUGCUUUGGUCAAAGCAGUUUGUUGACUGUACAGAAAUGGAUGUAGCUUGUUGGGAAGUAGUGCGCAGUUCUCUGCACAUACACGUGACCACUAAAGUUUUCAGAGCGCUGAAGUUGACAAACAGUUCCGAUUCUCUCGAGAGUUUUUACCAGCUGAACUGUUGGAAGACAUGGGACAGAAGAGGGAGAAGACUAGCGUCGCCGAACUAUCAGCUGUCAUGGCCGCCAUCUGGUGGCCGUGCAGGGAAGUGUGCAGUGCUCUUCAGUUCUGGUGCAGGUCUGUUGGCCCUAAGGAAUUUUGAUCCUCCCCUCCCCCUCUAUGGUCCGGUGCUCCGAAAAGUCUUGCAGUCACAGGUACAGUGAAAGAGACAUUGCGUGAUGCAGUCUGCUUUAAAAAAAAGUGACCCGGUAUUUUUCUUUUCUUUCUUUUUUCUUGGCCGUUCAAAACAAUUAUGUUUGUUGAGCAACCUAAAGAAAAAAUUUUCUACAUUUAGCGUUACGUGGAGACUGUAAGGCAUUAUUCCAAUUGUGUUCCAUGGCGGUGGUGAAUCUUCACGUCGGACAAAAAUGCGGCUGUUUAUUUUAAAGCACCAGUGGUAGUGCUUGGUGGCAUGAUAUGCAUAGCAGAAAAUGUCAACACAUAUCGCUGAGCCAGUAAGUUUAAAGCUGCUUUUACGAAUAAGAGGUGAUAGUGUUGCUCACAGUCGCCAGGCAUUGCGUGAACUGGAUUUGUCGCGUCACUGUGUUCUGGCGUGUAGAUAGGUUUUUAGGUGUCUAGCAAGCGGACAUGUUCUUAUGACUGUGUGUAGAUAUCUUUUUAUUUGUUGGUAUUCAUCUAGUCUUGGAAAGUCGUCUAUUUUGAAGAAAAAAAAAACUGCAGUUCUAUGCAAUGCAUUUGCAUCUUUCUUACAGAAAAAAAAAAGCUAUAAAAAGACCAUUCUGGGAGCAACGAAUGUACAGUCACAAAAAAAAAUGUUACGAACAAAGGACAGCUCAAACAUUUAGACCUGGAGGUGCAUUUUAUAUCAAAGCACAUCAGCUUAGUUUUUUAAUAGAUUGAAUUUGAGGCAACUAUAAAAUAGUGUUCCUAUGAAAACAGGGACGUAGAUAACAGUGGUAGGUGUGUUAAGGCCCAACUGGUAAAGCUGUUUGUGCACACUGCACACAAGUAACUAUUUUUGACUAUGACUGUGCAUGAAAUUUACUUUAUUAGCUGGGACAGAGCCUGGAACAUUGGCAGAUAUUUUGCAAUACAUAUUUGCGUACGCUUGUUUUAUUUGCGGGGACUUCUAUUGUGUACAGUUUUGUUUUGAAUAAGAAAGUUGUUUUUCUUUGUGUUGCUUUUAUUUUUAAGAUACAUUGUUGUCUACUAUUGCGUAUGAUGCUUGUUUAGAGGUUUUUAAUGCCAUUUUCUUUUUUGUCUGCACAGGCGGCCAAUGAAAUGCUCUUGCAACGCCUUGCUAUGCAGACUGAAUGUUGUACAUGUUUGUGAAAAAACUUUUGUCUAUAAUAAAUGCUUGGAAGUUUCCAUUGA